GAAGAGAAAGCUAGAGAUGGAGAAUUCUUAUAAUGAGUGUGUCAAGAAAUCUAAUGAUAAAGAUGUUUCUCUUCAAGAACUCAGAGAUAGGCUUGCAGAAUUUGCAGAAAUUAGAGGAUGGGAUCAAUACCACAGUCCCAGAAAUCUCCUUUUAGCACUAGUGGGAGAGGUUGGAGAGCUUUCAGAAAUAUUUCAAUGGAAGGGAGAAGUUGCAAGAGGACUACCCAACUGGGGUUCAGAUGAUAAGGAACAUCUAAAGGAAGAGCUCUCUGAUGUUUUGCUUUAUCUAGUUCGUCUAGCUGAUGUUUGUGGUCUUGAUCUUGGCCGAGCUGCACUUACAAAGAUAGUGAAGAACGCAAGAAAAUACCCAACUGGCAAUAAAAAAUCUCCCACCUAAAAGUUUUGUGCUCAUCUCUACUUCGUAUUUUCAUGUUUUUUUUUUUUUUUUUCUCCUGUUCUUUUUGUUUUCUUUUUCCAGAGGUCUUGCUGUUGGGUCU